AUGAUUUUGAAAGACAACCAUGCAUGCGCACAAAAUGCAUUCGUAUUUCGUUUUGAGAUAGAGAAAGUUUUACUCUUCAUCCUUAACGCUACGGGACUAUUCAGAGCAUGCCGGUCCAAAAAGACUUCUUAUCAUCAACUAACCUGAAAAAAUGUAGAAUUUUUAAACUGUUUUUUUUCGUCAAUUAGUGAUCUGUAACUGCUACUGGAGUAGAAGUUACAGAUCAUUGAAAAGAUAUCUCAACUGCACUUCAUUCAGUUUGCUAAUCUAGCCUUGCUUUUAGCAGAACGAGCAAAAUCCUUGAAAAAUGCAAAUGUAUUCGAGAAAGUCUUUUAAAAUCUCUUUUGUUUUACUUUUCCUUACUGGCUUUUGUGGUCUCUUUUGUCAUUUUCAGAUGACGGAUUUUUCACCUUUUCUCUCAUGGCAUAUCUGGACGACAUACAUAGAACUCCCUUUAAAAUUUCUUUUGCUUUGUUUUACUUUUCCUUACUGGCUUUUGUGGUCUCUUUUGUCAUUUUCAGAUGACGGAUUUUUCACCUUUUCUCUCAUGGCGUAUAUGGACGCCAUACAUAGAACUCCCGUUUACGGCUCUGUUGAUCUGGAUGUAGAGAUUUUCUUCAAAGCUGAAGUCGAGACUCAAAGCAAUGCACCCAACCUUGACUUGUAUCCUGUGCGAUGCUAUUCAUCACAAAGCGAUAAUCCAGAUGAUACUGGUGCUAACUUUACUCUUAUAAGCAACGGGUAAGAAUUUCUGUGAGAAAAAUUUGCACGUUAUAAAUAACUAAUAUAUAAUUACGACAACAAUGAUAAUAACAGUGAUAUUAAUUUUAUGACAUUUUAGACAGAGCAGGACCCACCUCGUCGAAGAGCUCCUCAGUAAGUCCAGCACCUCAAAAAAAGGAAAUGUAAAAAUAUCUGACGAGGUUAAAAAUGAAAAACAUUUAGAAAGAUGUGGAUUUGAUUCGGCAUGUAGGCAUACAAAUGAACAACUGAAUUACUUCAAAAUUCAAAUUUCAACCGUGAUUUAUGAGGUAAUCGCAUCAUAAUUCAGUUUAUUCCAAUAAUCAAUACUUUUGUGUGUGAAUCGUCGUUUAACUCAGUUUGUGUGGACUGUUUUGGUAUCAUUAUUACUUCCUGUGGUUCUCAAUCUAAGUGAAAGAUGGCUGCCAGUGUAUAUCCCGGAUAGACUGACACUUAACUUUAUUAAAAAGAGUUCUGCUAGAGUUUCUGUGAGAUAUUGUCUGACUUCUGAUCAAACAUGAGUGAGUAACACUGUUUAUUUCUAUAAGAAAUAAAGCUUCCCUUAAAUAAUGAAACCCAUUCACAAUUUUUUUCAGUUUCUUGCUAAUAAAUGGUAAGCAUCCCAAAACCUUUAUUGGAACCUCCCAUUGUAGUUUUCAUAGGAAGCUAUUAUUGUACGUUGAGUGCCUGGUAUCAACUCAGGCAAGAACAUACAGUCGAUGCUAUGGAUUUACCUGGAUCUUGUCCAUUAAAGAUAAAAUGUGUCACCUCAAAUAGUAAGAGGAAUUAUGCUGACAUUUCUUAAUUAUACCAUUUUUCAUCAUUUCUUUAUAGUUGUGGCAGCGAUGAUGUCAGCGAAGACCUCAGCGACACAUUGUCAUACAGUUGUACCGAAAGCAGCAAAUAUGAAAUGUUCUCACUCAAAAGUUAUCGGUAUUUUGGGGCAGAAGCAGGAGCUUCUGUUUACAUCCACUGCGAUUUCAGAGUUUGCUUGGCAGAUGUAGCCUAUACCAAAUGUCAAUGUCCAGAUAAUGCUGCCACUUGCGUAGGUGAUCCUACCGCUGAUGUUCCUCCGAGACCGGUCCUGAGGCGUAGACGUCGUUCAAUCUCUGAUUCGGUGGAUGAGCCACAGAUUUAUCAUGUUGUCUACGGUCCAUUCACCUUUAAGCAAGCAGAACUGAACAAAGAUGAAGGUAAAUUAUGAUUUACAGGGCUUUUGGUGAUGGGAUAGGAAUUUUUGUUUGGUGCUUUCCACAUUCUCUGCUAACCAAGACUGGUUUUCCAUGAUAACUGUCCAAGUUAGAAAUAGAGGCCACACGGGGCAACUUGUAGAAAUCUAUUUGCUUCAUUUCAGCUGCAUCUGAAGACCAAGAGGUGACCAGCCAGUCUUUCCAGAAGGUAGCAAUUGUUGGAGCAGUAUGUGGUGUUGCGGCUGUAACUGUCAUCUGCGCUACUGUCUACCUUGUCAUUCGCUAUCGCAACAAACGCUUGCAAAAUGGAGAUCUGCACGUGGUCACCUAA